AUGGCUCACAUACACGAACUGAGGCUUCAAAUACCAUCUGAACUUGCACCUUCAGAAGCCUCUAGUCGUUCCUCUGUCAACAGCUUCAACUCCGAUGGGGGCGAGUCGCCUUUGACUUACAAGCGUUUCUCAAACCUUGUCCAGCACUCGUUCGACGGGAUCUCUUUAUCUGAUUUGAUCAUCGUAAAACGCAGCGAUUGGGAGGCGCUGAACCACGAACUCACCAAUGAGGGAGAGCUACAUGAGCAAGCUAGAAAGUCGAUCGAGAAGACUUACGAAGAAAUCAUGGCUACUUACAAUGCUACUUUAUCGGAACGAUACAAAGAAGAUAUGGAAAAGAUGGCAAAGAGAGUAGCCGAGCUAGAGUCUAAAGCUGAACCACUCAAUAGUGCAGUGAAGGAGCAAAACUUAAAAGAAAACGGGGAGAUGAAGUUGAUCCUUGCUGGAAGAAUCACGGACAGGGAAAGGGUCUCUACCAAUGGUGGUCAAUACCACGUUGAAGCCGAGGAAGAAACCUCUGAAACUAAGUUGAAGGCGGAACCUACGGUAGAAAAAAAGCAACAUAACAUUCAUUCGGUACCUUUGGGCCCACGGACUAUUUUGCGCCCUAACCAUUUUAAAAACGCUCGUGCUGUCAUUCCCACGAAUGGCAGUGCAAUGACUCGUCCUCCCGUACCCCGAGCUACUCCGGGGGUGGUUUCUAGGCCCUCUCCUCGAUACACUUCGCCCCGCAUUACAACCGACCAUUUGGUCAGCGAUUCACGUAGCAAGCGGCGUGCAAUUUAUGUUGUCAAUCUCGGGCCCAAUUUCUCUCUUCCUGCACUUCUCGCCUGUAUCACCCAGGGCGCACUUGAACGCAUUAUACCGUAUCCUUACCGUGGAACUUGUCUUCUCAUAUUCGUACACUCAGCUCAGGCACAUGCCUUUUUUUUGGCCGCAAACACUCCCACCAAAAAGCACCCGUUUUCAGGAAAGUCUAAUGCCAAUGUUAACUGGGCGGAUCAAGCGAUAGCUCGAAUGGACUAUUACGUUGCUAGUCGAAUCGCCGAGUGCGGUGCAACUCGUAUCGUCAAGUUUACUGGUUUAGAAGCAGCCGUAAUUGGCGAGGGAGGUAUCGGAAGCCCAGUGGACAAGGAGGGCGUUAUUGCUUGGUGGGGCAGUAAGAACAAUUAUUUAAUUGGUGUCACGAUCAAUGACGACUCAGACGGUCGAAGAUCGGCCGUAGUUGAGUGUGAGAGUGUUCGGGAUGCGUGGUGGAGGGUUCAAGAGGUGACAUCAAAGGUCAAGGAUUGCUUGUUAAAAGUUGGAUGGGAGUGGGUGCCAGACUACUGUGCGUCAGGAGUAGUUGGUUUGGCUUGA